GUUGGGUUCUGUCUGCAGUCUUCCACUCCGGCGGUUCGAAGAAUGUGGGGGUUAAGCCCCCAUAUUGGAGACUUUGAGCUCAUAGCCUAGGCUGACACUCCAUUACGGUGCUGGGUGAGGGGAGCGACACAUUGUCAGAGGUGCCAUCCUUCGGAUGAGACGUUAAAGCAAAUUCCCCGUCAGGAGGAAUUCCCCGUUCAGGAGAACGUCAGAGAUCCCACAACUAUUGCAAAAGAGAAGGGAGAGUUUCUCUCGGUUGACGAUACUGCAGGUUUGCGUGAGGUUGCUGAAGAUGUCCGAUAGUGUUGAUGUUGAAGAGAAACCACCAGCACCUCCCUUGAGAAUGAACAGUAACAACCGUGAUUCAUCCUCCCUCAACCAUGGCUCCAAGCCUCUGCCCCUGGUGCCCGAGGAGAAGAACAAGAAAGCCCGGCUACGCUCCAUCUUCCCGGGAGCGGGCGAUAAGACUAACAAAAAGAGGGAGAAAGAGCGCCCGGAGAUCUCUCUGCCGUCUGAUUUUGAGCACACUAUACACGUGGGAUUUGAUGCGGUCACAGGAGAGUUCACGGGAAUCCCCGAGCAGUGGGCCAAGCUCCUGCAGACGUCGAACAUCACCAAACUGGAGCAGAAAACCAACCCCCAGGCCGUCCUCGACGUCCUCAAGUUCUACGAUUCCAAAGAGACCGUCAAUAAUCAAAAGUACAUGAGCUUCACCUCUGGAGCAGUAUAUGCUCUGAUGGUUCCCCUCCUAAAGCAGUACAAGUGCACACAGAUCACUGAUAAAACCGCUGAUGGAUAUGUCGCCGCGAAUGCUCUGAAUACGAAGAUGGCCUCUGAGCCCCCGGUCGUGCCCCCGGUGUCCGAGGACGAUGACGAGGAGGACGACAAUGUCCCCCCUCCAGUGAUUGCCCCCCGGCCGGACCACACCAAGUCUAUCUACACCCGGUCGGUGCUGGAGCCCAUAGCGCCACCAGCUCCGGUCAAAGAGGUCACAACCUCCCCGGUCACCACCCCGCCCGAGAACACCACCAGCCUGAACAGCCAGCUGUGCCGGAACACCGACAAACAGCGCAAGAAGUCCAAGAUGACCGACGAGGAGAUUCUGGAAAAAUUAAGAAGUAUCGUCAGCGUGGGUGACCCCAAGAAAAAAUACACGCGGUUUGAGAAGAUUGGCCAAGGAGCAUCAGGCACAGUUUACACAGCAAUAGACAUCGCCACGGGGCAAGAGGUGGCUAUCAAGCAGAUGAAUCUCCAGCAACAGCCAAAAAAGGAACUGAUAAUAAAUGAAAUCCUGGUCAUGAGGGAAAAUAAAAACGCAAACAUCGUCAACUAUUUAGACAGCUAUCUUGUCGGGGACGAGCUGUGGGUGGUGAUGGAGUACCUGGCUGGGGGCUCGUUGACUGAUGUAGUGACGGAGACUUGCAUGGACGAGGGUCAGAUCGCAGCCGUGUGCAGAGAGUGUUUGCAAGCCCUGGAAUUCCUACACUCCAACCAGGUCAUCCAUCGGGACAUCAAGAGCGACAACAUUCUGCUGGGAAUGGAUGGCUCGGUUAAAUUAACGGAUUUUGGCUUCUGUGCUCAGAUCACCCCCGAGCAAAACAAGCGGAGCACCAUGGUGGGGACACCUUACUGGAUGGCCCCCGAGGUGGUGACGAGGAAGGCCUACGGUCCCAAGGUGGACAUCUGGUCGUUGGGAAUCAUGGCGAUCGAAAUGAUUGAAGGGGAACCCCCUUACCUGAAUGAGAACCCCCUGAGGGCUCUGUAUCUGAUCGCCACUAACGGGACCCCUGAGCUCCAGAACCCAGAGAAGCUCUCGGGGACCUUCAGCGACUUCCUGAACCGCUGCCUGGAGAUGGACGUGGAGCGGAGGGGAUCAGCCAAGGAGCUUCUGCAGCAUCCCUUCCUGAAGGUGGCAAAGCCUCUCUCGAGUCUCACCCCUCUAAUAGUCGCAGCCAAGGAGGCCGUUAAGAACAACCGCUAGAGUGAGAGGAGAGGGGGUGAGGGGUGUCCCAUCAUCAGCACUCUCUGCC